UUCUUCAGCCUUGAGGUCUUUUCAACUUCGCUCUCUCUGACUCUGUCUCUCUAUUUACUUCAUCAUCUUCGUCUAAAUUAGGGUUUUUGAUAAUUCAGAAACAAAAAGACAUGGGUAAAUCAAGCAGAUCCAAAGGAGGAUCGCGUAAUAUCGGUAAAGGUGAAGUUACCCCAACUCAAAUCGCUUUUAUCGUGGAUCGCUACCUCUUCGACAAUCGAUUCUCUGAAACCCGAACCAUCUUUAGAUCUGAAGCUUCCUCUCUCCUCUCCAACUCCCCAAUUCGCCAUGUUCCGAAUAGUUUGAUGACUCUUGAUGCUUUGUUGAACGAUUACGUUUCUCUAAAGGAGCAGAAAGUGACUAUUAAUCAGGAGAGAGUGAUAGUGGAUCAGGAGAAGAUUAGGGUUCAUAAUCUGAUGCAGGGGAUGCAGAAUGUGAUGAAUACUUACAACGCCAGCCUCACCGUUCCUCCUCCUCCUCCGGCUACAGUUCCAGCUUCUCGGCAGAAUCACCACAGCGUCUCUUCUUCAGGCCUAGCUCAGUACAACACACCAAAUGUUAUGUCAGUGUCAUUGCUUGGUAACAAAAGAGUAGAUUUAGGGGAUUAUUCCACACCUUCGACCACUCGGUCUGUAACCGGGAAAAGAAAGGGCCCUGAUGUUUCUAUAGGAGCUCCUCGGGUAACUAGGAAAGUGCGGAUUACUUCAGCACAAGGAAUUACAAAAGGAGAUGAGACUAAUAAGAUCACACAAACUGAUAAAGUAGCUUACUCCUUAUCAUCCCAAACUCCAUCUGAAACACUUACAUUGGCCAAAACCUCUGCAACUAAUGAAUUGAUUGGUCACGGGUCAAGUGUGGUGAAGUGUUUGUUCAAUAAGGCAGAUUCAUCGAAACCUACUAGUUCAGCAUGCCUUGGGACACCACAAAAACAUGAUUCUCCUCGGAUUGAUAAGUUCAAGAGUCCACAGAAAGAAGUUACUCCUACCAACUGCACAAUUGUUACAAAGGAGAAAUUCACAAUCAGCCCCCUCAAGCAAAUUACUUCUUAUUCAGUUGAAAGAAGUCAUCUAGUUUCUUCUUCUUCACCAGUCAAGUCUACCCUGAAGAUGUCAAAUAAGAGAGACCAUGUGAAAGGAAAGCUCAACUUUGAUGACGCUGAUACAGAAAUGUGCUUAGAGGCACCUACCACUGAAGAUUUGGUUUCUGCUUCUCCAUCCGGGUCUGAGCCAGAAGUUGAUUUAUUUGACAUGGACUUUUCUAAUCUAGAUUUCUUGGGUGAAAACUACACCCUCUCGGAGCUACUGGUUGAUUUUGAUCUUGGUUGUGGAGGAAGUACAAAUAAUUGCUUGUUACAGGCCUCAAAUGCACCCAUUGAAACUGUUCCAUGGUCGUCUCUUGGAUCAGGAGGUGGUAAUCUCGAGUCUGACCAGUCCUUUUUGGAAUAUACAUCAACCGAGACUGAAGUGACUCAAGAGAAAGACAUGAACAGUCAAGGAUAUGAAGCCAAGACCGCUGCAAAGUCCAUAACACAAUGCAAUCAUAUCUUGAGUCCUGCCAAGUGUUAUAGGCAGAGAGUGACAGUACAGACAAUUGACUGAACUGGAAGACGACGAUUGACUCCAAGACUACUGAUACAAGAUCCUCUGCUUUUUGUCUAACUAUGCGUGUUAAUUCUUGAAAAGAUAUGUGAAACAUGAAAAUGCUAUCCGCCCUUUGGUCGCUCCUAACUAGUACUACAUGUAAGUUGUAUAAAUUAAACAUGUUUUCUUUUUGGCUCUAUAGUUUAACAGCUGGUUUCCCUCUAUUCAUAUCAACAACAAAAUAUGACUUUCACCAUUUAUGCAUCUAUAUGCGCAUGUACCAUGUAAUCAGAAAUUGGCUUACAAUAGAAAUUAAAUGGCUUA